AUGUCGAACUACAGUCUAUUGACUAUUCAAGAAAUGAUAGAUACUGCUUUUGGAGAAGAGAAACAUAAUGUAGUUAAUUUCAAACUACUACAUACUAUAUUCUUUAUUCUCGCAAGCCAAUUACGGCUGUUGCAAAGAAAAGUAGAAGUUGAAAUUGAUCCCUAUAUGGCGAGGGUACCUUCAACUCUUUCGGUGACAGAAGUCAAAAUUAAAGCAAAUGUUCCAAAAAGGAGGAAAAAACCUAAAGGAAGUGGUAGUAGUGGUAGUAGCGGAGCUGGUGGUGGUGGGAAAAAGGGAAAGGGUGGUGUUGUUGAAAGUGCUAAAGGAAGUGGCGGAGGACAAAUAAGAAAAAAAAUUGAAGUUGCAGGAGAAGGUGUUACAGAAAAAGAAGCCAUCGGUUCCGUAAAAUCAGAAACUGAUAAAUCAUCAGAAAUAACGUCGACCGAUAAAACAACUUCAAAAUCAACUACUGACAAAACUACUACAUCUUCAUUAUUUAAAACAUCCACAUCACUGUCGUCUAAAACUGAAAAAUCGAGUACAGAUAAGUCUUCUGAAAUGAAACCAACCAUUAAGGAUUCUACAGAAGCGACUACAGAGUCCCAUAAAAAAAAGUUCUCCACUCAAGAUUAUCAUCAGCUGUUGGAAAUUGUUGAGCAGCAGAGAGAGCAAGAGCUUCGAGUUGUCAAUCAGAGGGCAGACUCAAGAGAGGAAGCAAAGAAAUUACCUACUCCUAUGGCUUCAUUAGAUGAAAUGGGUAAAAGGGAUCAACCACUAUCAGUUGUCACCCAAGAUCAGUAUGACCAUCUAGCUAAACAGGUCAGAGAAUUACAAGAGAAAUUCGGUACCGUCGGUAAAGCAGAGUUUCCGGAAAAUAUUGAAUUGAUGCAAGAGCUUCGAAGAGGUGCAUCUUUAACCGAUGCUAUGGCAGCUUUACAACUAUCAGCCCGCGUUGAAGCUGCUGAGAAAGCAUUAGAACAAAUGAUGGCUUUAAUAACUGACGUUGCAAAGCAAAAAGGCAUCGAUAUAUCAACAUUGCUAGAGAAAGUCGAGGAUGUCGAAACUGAAGUUUUGUUUGAAGGGCCAUCAGAAAUGGGUCCUAAAAGCAAAAAAACUAAAAAACUGAAAGGCAUAAGAAAAACAACUGUAGUGACUUCUUAUGAAAAAGUAGAAAUGAUACCACCUACAACGUCUGGUGACGCAAUACAAGAAAUAGAUGCUCGCUAUGAAGACGUACCACCAUCAGGAGAAACAGAUAUUCUAACUCCAGCUUUUAAGCCCAAUUGGGUCAGCCACCAGGAAUUGGAUGAUGCGAUGGCGCUACUUCAAGAGACCCUUUUAAAAGCGGUAACAAUUAAUAUCGAUAAAUCGAUGUCAAGCGCCGAUAGUGCUUUAAAUAUUGCAAAUCGUUUAGAAAGAAAACUUAACGAUGCUCUGAAUUUGAACACGAGAAUGGAUGAUUUAGAAACUUUAGUAACAGAGUAUGCUACUCAAAUAAAUACUUUAGACACGGGUUUAUCUGCAUAUAUGACUGACUAUCAAGAACAGCUUACACAAAUGCAACAUGACUUAGAGGCUGGAUUAGAAUCGAUGUCUGAAGCCAUAGCCAAUACUGGAGGAGACACUGCUGCUGCAGCAGAAUUAAAUACUAAUAUCACGAAUUUGCAAAUGGAAUUCGAUACUGCAAAUAUUAAACAGAAGAACUUGAAGGACCAACAGAGUCUUCUUUUUAUAGACCUUGAAGGUUUAUGGAAGCAAAUUGAGAUCCUUCGUGAAACAAAAUCGGAUCGUGAGGAAGUUGCUGAUGCGUUACGAGACAAAGCAGGGCUCGGAGCUCUGAAUGGUCUUGUAUCACAAGAACAAUUUGACGCAGUUCGGGGAGACUUCGAAAAACGCAUAGGUGCCGCUUAUGACAAAUUUAAUAAUCAAGAGAUUAUUUGGCAAAAAGCUAUAGAUGACCUCCUAAGAGAAUUGAAUGAGAAAGCCGAUUGGAUGCAAGUUGCCUCACUGCGUGAUGAUGUCAACGCUAACUUAGAAAAGUUAAGGCAAAAUAUUAAGUCAAUUAUGGAUAUAGUAGGAGAGCCAACUGCCGCUGCUAUAUCCAAAAAACUGUUCCAUGAUACGGCAUGCCUCUCAUGUGCUACUCCAGCAAUUAUGAAACUUGAAAAACCCGAUUUAGUACCAGCUCUUCCAGCUUUUCCAAAACCGGGCGAUCAGCUUGCUACCGAUAGUGAUACGAGCAAACCAAAGGAAGAUGGUGACCACUUAUUAUGUUACCCAGGUCGACCAAUACCCCAUCCGAAAGAUCCUAGAUCCCAUAUUUGUCAGAGGUAUUGUGGAGGUUCGCAUACGAUAAUUACUGGAGCAGUAAGUCGAGCUCCAGUAGGCAUGAUCAUCACUCCACUCCAAAGACGCAUCACCACAGCAAUUGGAACUGAUGGCAAAGUAUAUUUGACUGAUGCACCAGAUCAGGAAAUUAAGCCCUGUUUACCUUGUAAUGUGCCAAAACCAGUGCCUCCUCAACCAUCAGAAGCUGACGAAGCACCUACAGUUGACAUGGAAUCUGCUUCACUCAACUUUCUAAUGCAAGCUGCAUCGUUAGCAGUACCGUUGGACAGCAUUUCGGUCACGCCACCACCACCCCUCGAUGAUGACUAA